UUUUUUUUUUUUUUGGGAACGAAGUAGCAAAGGGAUAAUUAGGAAAAGAAGUUAAGCAUUAGAAGUUUUUGAAUAAUGGGGAUCUGUUGAAACUCAUUGUAGCCCACUAUACAUGUUUUCCGAUACUAAUGAUAUCAUAUCUCUAAAAAAAUCAUUUGGAUUCAUUAAAUGUUACACAUGUAAUGUGUGGUGAUUCGAAAACAUGGAUUAUAGCCUUCACUUUUGGAGAAUGUUCAACUUUUUGGACUCAAAAAAAGAAAGAGGAAAGAUACUUCUUAUAAAUAACACAAGAAGACCCUGGGGUGCCAUUUGGAUGAUUAAAGUCAUCCACUUUGACUCUUAACUAUUAAAAUAACUAGUAUAGUGAUUGCAUAUGGUUCAAAACAACAUAAUAUGACCUAGUAAAAAAAAUUGACCCUAGGGGCCUCUUCUACUAUCACUUGGAAUUUUUGACCUUAGGUCUCGAAAUCUUCAAAAUGGUUAUAUUUAAGUGUUCUAGGGAGGUCUAUUUGGUGUUUGGAACCAUCUAUUUCAUGUCUUAGCUCACCCCUCGUAAUCUUGUCUUAAGAUGCCUUGGCCAUGUCUUGCCUAGCUUUGGCUUGGCCUGCCUUCUUGAUCAUUAUUCUUCUCAUUAACAAUGUCACUAAGGCAAGCCAAGACGUUACCCUCUAAAAUAUUUUUUUUUUUAUUUUUUUAUUGAUGAAGUGUCAAGUUGUAUAUUCUAUAUAAUGGAUAAUCUUGUAUAACAUGUCAUUAAAUGCAUAUAAGAAAUUAUUUUGAUACAUAGAUAAUCUUUUCAUGAAAAGACACUUUAAACUCCUGUAUUUUAGAUAAAAGAAUAAAUAUCCUCACACAAAUGGAAACCCUUAUUGUAACUUUACCUCAGUUUCACUAUUACGUGUCGUUCAAGUUAUCUUUGGAUCAUAUCACCAAAUGGUUCUCUAUAACAUAUCUAAAGUAUAAAUUAUUUCCUGUUAAAAACCAAAUUAAGCUACACAAACUACAUUGACUAAAUCCACUAAAUAAUGUUACACCGUUGAAAGACAUUCAAAAGUUGUUUACAAACAAUCCAAGACAAGAAACUAUGUUCAACAAUCCAGGUCAUAAAUUAUGGGUCUUGUGGAGUGUAGAUAGUCUUUUAAUAAGAAAUAUUUUCCUAAUUCAGUUGACGGUUAAAUCUUAACAAACAAGUUUGAAUAUUUUAUGACCUAAUAAUGAGUAAGUAAUGAGAUAGAAUGCUUGAAUAGCAUAUGAUUUCUUACCAUAUUCACAUACCAAUAAUAUUUCCCUUAAAAAAAAAACAAAUAAGAAAAAAAAAAGAUAAGAGAGUAUCUAAUUAUACAAGCCGUAGGAUGAAUCAAACAAAAUCCAACCAUCUGAUUAACUUGGAAAAUCAAAUCUGAACCGUCCAAAAAUUACAAAAAAUUCAAUUUCAAAACCUCUGAAACUGAGAGGGAGAAAGCAAAGCCCCUCUCUCAUUCUCCUCCUUCUUCUUCAAAUCCCCUUUUCUUCUCACUUCUUUCACUUUCUCUCUCCUCAAAUUCCCUCCUUUUUUCUUCUCUCCUCAGCUUAAAGAUCGCAACUUUAUCCAAUUUCAUCACUCGAACAUUCUUGGGUAAAUUCUCGAUUUUUGUCCAGCUUUGAAAGGAUUGUAAAUUUGUGUGAUUUUGUUCGAGUAUAUUUGGUGAUUUUCUGGGGUUUUUCUCGGAAUUUCGAUCAAAAAGGUUCUGAAUUUGGUGUUUUUUGAAGGGUAGGUUACUGAAAUCAAGCUCGGAUUUUGAUUUCGUUGUGUAAUUUUAAGGUUUAGUGUUUUUUGAAUUUUUUUUUGUUUUCCCUAAAAUUGGAGAACGAAAUUGAUUGAUUGGGGUUAAUGGAGGAGGGAGAUAAAGGCGGGAAUUCGCCUCCGAAACCGAGUAUGGCGACUGAUAUACCGGCGAAGAAGCUCGCUAGGCAGCUUGAUUUCACCUCCAUUAGUGGCGCGUCUCAGCCACCUACCACCUCAGUAGUUCAGCCCCCUUCUAUGCCAUCAGCGCAGCCUCCAUUGCCUCAGCCGCCUUCGCAGCAGCCGAUGAUUGCGCCUUCGCAGCAGCCACCUCCUCAAACGCCUCCUCUCCCUUCAAUGCGAGUGGUAAAGCCAGAAUCCCCUAAGGCACGAUCACGGCCUACUGUUGAAACCAAAGAUGGUACUCCAAAGAGGCAGAAGCAGUGUAAUUGUAAACAUUCACGAUGCUUGAAGUUGUAUUGUGAGUGCUUUGCUUCUGGAGUUUACUGUGAUGGGUGUAACUGUAAUAAUUGCUGUAACAAUGUCGAGAAUGAGACUGCUCGAAGAGAUGCUGUUGAAGCUACUUUAGAACGUAACCCAAAUGCAUUUCGACCAAAAAUUGCAAGCAGUCCACAUGGCAUUAGAGACCGCAGGGAAGAUGCUGGAGAUGUUGUGGUGGCAAAGCACAACAAGGGAUGCCAUUGCAAAAAGUCAGGGUGUCUGAAGAAAUACUGCGAAUGCUUUCAAGCUAACAUUCUAUGCUCUGAAAACUGCAAAUGUAUUGAUUGCAAAAAUUUUGAAGGAAGUGAAGAGCGGCAGGCUCUUUUCCAUGGAGAACAUGCAAAUAACUUAAGUUACAUGCAGCAGGCAGCCAAUGCUGCUAUUACCGGAGCUAUUGGAUCAUCUGGUUUUACUUCUACCCCAAAUUCCAGGAAACGAAAGGGCCAGGACCUCUUAUUUGGGCCAGCAUCUAAGGAUCCGUCUCUUUCAAGAGUCGGGCAAUUUCAGCAGGCAAACCAUGUCAAAACAUCAGGACCGUCUGCAGUAUCUCUAAGCCCUGCUUCUCGAGCUGCUAAUUCUGUUUCACUAGGUGCUUCAAAGUUUACAUACAGGUCUCUCUUAGCCGACAUUAUCCAACCACAUGAUGUGAAGGAGCUUUGCUCAGUUUUGGUAGUUAUAUCUCAAGAGGUUGCCAAGACAAUUGCAGAAUCUAAUAAAGCUAACGAAAAGCGGGCAGAUGAUGGAGGAGAAAAUCAACAGGCAUCAACUCAGGACAGAUUUCAGAGUCAAGAGGAAUCAGAUGUGAAAACCGUACCUGAUGGUUCUGUCAGUGGUAAUCAAACUGAUCGAAUAGUCCCUGAUGAUUCUAAUUUAGAUGGGAAUGAUCAACCGAAAUCCAGGCCAAUGUCUCCUUUGACACUAGCUUUGAGGUGUGAUGAGCAAGAUACAAUGUUCAUGGCUGCGGGUUCUCCGAGUAGGUUAGGCAACCAUGUCCAUGCGUCAUCUUCACAAUGUCCAGAGCAGAGCACUUCAGAGGUUUAUGCCGAGCAAGAGAGAAUCGUCAUGAUGAAGUUUAGAGAUUGCCUCAACAGGCUAAUAACAUUUGGAGAACUAAGAGAGACAAAACUUUCUUCCUUAGCUAGAUCUAAUUAUACAAGCUUUCAAGAAACCGGCAAUGGCACUGCCAAAUUGAGAACUGAUGGUCAGAAUCAGCAAGAGCAUAACGACAAUGGUACAGCUAAACCUGUCAUUACAGCACCCACCAAGACUCCUGCAAUGAUUGCAGCUACCAUUACUGGUGUUCCGUUCAACAAUCAUACCGACCAAAAUCCUCCUCCGACUGAAAAUGGUGAUGUAAAGCCAAGCAUCAAAAAGGACUAGAAUUAUAUACAUAAACGAUUCGGAGAUUGCACUGACAAGCCAAGCUGCUGUGCUGAUACAAGAUGGUGAUGAUGUUAGUAGUCAUUUCACUGUCAGAAUCUCCCUAAUUUAAACAACUGACUAAUGUCAUUGUAGUUCAAGAUUAAUAUGUCCAAAGGAUGUAAAAUUGAUAAUUUGUAUACAUGCACUAGUAUCUUGUAUUGGUAGAUGCUAGUGUUUUUUUUCCGGUCAUUUAGUUUAGCCUAAGAUGGAGCAGUUUUUUUUUUUUUCCUUUGUGCUCUUUAUAAGAAUUUGCUGUUAUUUAUAACAAGCAGCCAAUCAUUAUACUAUAGCAUUGUACAUGGGAUAUCUGCUUACCUUCCUUUCACUAUAAAGGUGAAAUAGUAGUUGAUUUUUCCA